AUGCUGCUGACAAAUGAGAUUGGAAUUGAAAAGAUGAGUUUUGCAAAUCCACGCGCGGCAGAUUCCUCAUGGACCAAGCGAACAAUCUCUGAAAGCGCGAGUUCAAAUUCGACUAUGAGUAUAUUCUGGUAUCUGUCGCAGCGGACUCGAUCGGGGCAUCUCAGUGUUUCUCCGUCAGAAAACAACGGCAUGUUCAACAGAGCACUCCUCAUGUCUAUGGAUGACGGCCGAGAGGUUGUAGUCAAGGUGCUUAUAACAUGGACUAAAGUCCUUGGUUUAAGGCCAGGAAAUCACUUGAAAAUCCCGUCCCUCGUGUCCAUGCAUGGGAUUUGCGAGCAGACUCACAUAUUGUGGGCACUGAAUCUCCCAUCUGAUGAGGUCAAGGCUGUCCCGCUGUCUGAGGUAGGGCACGACUUAGAGCUACUCCCUGCAGAAGCUUCAAGUACCUCUUGCCAUGGCGCCUCUGCAAAAGCAAUAGAUGAGCUUUUCAGUUCUCUCGUUUUUCGCAUCCUGGCAGUUUAUACCACGCGGUCCGGGACUGGUAUGACGAAGGUCAUCUCACACGCUAGAUGUGGAAUGAGGGCCAUGGGCUACGUUACUGCAGUAUCUUCAAGCGGUUGCAAUGCGAGAGACGCAUGCCAUCCGGAGGCUUUCUCCUUCAAAACUAAGAAGCUCACUUUACGAGAAAAUUAUCACCAAAUCGUCGACGCUCUUAUUCCCCUAGACGCUGCCAUUACCAAACCGUACCUUUGGCACAAUGACUUGCAUGAUGACAGCGUCUUCAUCGACCCGCUCAAUCCCGAGAGUCGCGGGCAUUACUGA